UGGUUUUGCUUACUAAAUUGUGUUGUAAAUGGAAAUACUUUUGUCAUUGCGCAAUUCACAAUAGUUUUUCCUUUCAAGAAUUUUUUUGUGUCCUAAAAUCAUAUUAAGAUAUUGCAAGACUUUGUAAAUGAACAUAUGACCAUAUGCUACUAUUUUUUGAGUCAAUGUCUUUCGGUUUAACAUGCAAAACAUUUGCAACCUACGUAUCAAUAGUCAAUCCAUCAAUACAGAACACUGGUCAAUAAACAGGUCUGAUAAUUUUUUGUUGUGUUUUGCAAGAUGUUGCCUAUACUAUUAUAUUUUAUGAGAAAAGUUGAAAUUUGUCUGUCUGUAAAGCAAAUGGAAGUUUGAACAGUCAAUUGAGUUUGAACAGUCAGUUAAUUUAUCAUUUGAAUCAUUCAAGUGCUUAACUCAAUUAAAAAUAAGCCCACUAUGCCUAUUAUGUGGUAAUUUCACUAUUUAAGUGAGAUGUUUAAACUUAUUUUAUACUCUAUAAUUGUUGAAUUAUGAGGCUUACAUUAUUUGAAAUUACCAUUGUUGUAUAUUUAAUGAAAAUACUCACUGUAAUAAGUCACUAAUUUCAUUGGUAUAAACUAAGUAAAAUUCUGAGCAAUAUCACUGAGAAGAUCAAUGGAAAUCCUUAAUAAAUCAGUUAAACAUCAAUAUUGUAUAUAAUAUUCAUUAAUUUUGUCACCCAACAUUGUGGGCUAUUUGGUUGAGAUGUAACUGUGCUACAUUAGGUCUGCAUAGUAGUUGUAAAACUUAUUUGCAUGACAGAGUAUCAAAUGUGAUUCCAGUUUUGGGACAACACAUCCUGAUAGAUACAGAAGUUAAGGUCUUAUAUUCUGGGACUGAUGUACUUUGUGUUAGGCAGUGCUUUAAAGCAGUCUAGAUCAGGAGUUAGUUGAAUAAGAGUGGGGUUGAAAUCCCAUCCUUAAAGUUAAUAGUUUUUAACUAGCUAUAAUAUGGAGAUUACUAUUACCUGUCCCUAAUGAUCUUGCAAAAACUAUUUUUCAAAAAAAUUUUUUCUAUUAAAGCUAACACUGAAACAAAAAAUAGCCGUUGGAAAACAGUCGAUUGCCAUUGAAAAUUCUAUAAUGUAGCCAUUUGUAGCAAAAACAAUGGGAGUUCGCGGUCAGCUCCUGUAUAAAUGUUCAAGUGUCUUUCAUAAAUACGCAAUAAACGAAGUGCACAUAGACGGGUUAUGACAAAAUGCGGAAGCGCAAUGCGGAUCCAGAAUGCGGAACGGAAUGGGGAUAAAACGCGGAAUUGUGGAUAAAACGCAGAAUUGGGGAUAAAACGCGGAAUUGGGGAUAAAACGCGGAAUUGAGGAUGAAACGCGGAAUUGGAGAUAAAACGCGGAAUAAAAUUAGCGAAUAUUGAUGAGUUAUUUUCAUUAUUUAUUCUUUUUGUGAACAUUAAUAAAAAUUAUAAAAUUUAGUAAAUUUUUCAUUAGUAAAAAUUAUAAAACUAGCAUACAGAAUAAGUAAUUUAGCAUGUGCAUAUAUAAGGCUUCAACAACCAACUUAACUCUUAACUUGACUUUUCACAAGAAUAAGAACGUCGUAUUUUCAUAUGAAAAAAGGUAUUUACAAAUGAUUUCUGUAGCUUUAUAAUAGUGCUGACAUUAUUUUUUCUGAAACGAUAUUCAUGCUCGUCGACAUAUUUGCUUUGGUAAUGAAGAGUGAUUCAAACUUUGAUGACAAAUAUCAUUGUCUCAGUUGAUAAAAAGUUAUAACAAAAAUGAUUGGCGUAUGUGCUUUAAAUGAAGAUAGCUUUGUUGUUUCAUGUAUCUGUGCAAACGAUUGCAAACGUAGGUACUAAAAUAGUGAGUGCACUUUGUAGAUACUAAAUCCUAAACGCCGAAGAAAUUGUAAAUGCUCUUGCCCAAGGUGUUGUAAAAUAUUUGUCGGCAUUGUCGUAACUUGGGGCAUAAAAUAGGUUGUUUCAUCCUGACACAAUCUAAGUUUGCAUGGGAAUAUACGUUUCCUAUUUUACUUCUUACUUCUCCAGUAAGAGCAUUGCAAUAAUUUCUUUGCAUUCUGGAUAUUAUCGUAAGAUCGUGAGGAGGGACUGGCUAUAUUACCUCCUAGCUUUAAUGACUGAGAACAACCAAAGCAAACGCGAACUAAGGGCGGGCAGAACUGCAAGAGACUAUAAUGGUAAAACCUUUAUCAUUUGAUGAUGUGGGAUUGAUAGCAAAAUGUUGUUGAGACUCUGGAAAAACUGUUCUAAGGUUGACUAAAGAUUGAGGUGGUGGUUCAGACUAUAAGGUAACUGAUUACUGAGGCUUUAGUUAUAAGUGCGUUACAUCAUUUUAACGGAAUUUAGUGCAGAAGUGCGAAUUGGAUGGGAGGGAAAAGUCGUAAUCAAACAUCUAUCUAUAACAACUACAAAAUACUUUACUCCAACACAAACUGAAUUAGAAAACGACUUUUACUAAUUAAAGCAUGCCAACCAGAACUUAAAUAAUGGGCUUAAAGCCAGCAUAGAACUGUCACUACACUUCCGUUUUAAUGAUGUAAAAAUUGUCUUGUUUCCCUCUCAAAUCUGGAGUUAAGCCUGGGCCACUAUCGUGUAUAUUGACGAAAACGAAAACGAAACGAAAAUUCGUGCACGAAAUGCAUGCCAGACACGACGAAAAAUUACAAGGAUGCUUGCAAAGCCAAAACUUUUUUGGGCAAUAAGCAAGCGGCAUUUUUGAAGGAUUAGAAAAAAGGGCGAUCUCUAAAAGAAAAAGAUUACUUCUUCUUAAGAAAAAGUAACUGCUUUAAAGUUGAAAACAAGCAAGAGCAAACGUCGAUACUGGAUCUAUCCAAUUAAUAAACGACGUGAUUGUCUUGGACUAUUUAACAACUUCAUUAAAGAAUUACGAGAGCCGAACAAUGAAAAUAGACACCAAGGUAUAUGAAGGCCCCAAGUGGACCAGAAGAAUGGAAAGAAAUUGCUAAAGGUUUUGAAAGGUGGAAUGCUCCAAAUUGUAUUGGAAGCAUCGAUGGGAAGCAUGUAUCUAUCCAGAAGCCAAAACACAGUGGAUCAGAAUUUCACAACUAUGAGCAAAGGGAAAGCAUAGUUCUCUUAGCUGUUUGUGAUGCAAACUACAAAUUCACCUUGGUAGAUAUCGGUCAAGCUGGUAGUCAGAGUGAUGGUGGCACAUUUGAAGCUUCAGAAUUUGGAAAAGCUUUUUUAUUAGGACAGAUAAAUCUUCCAACACCGGUCUGUCUACCUAAUGACACUGGGAAACCCAUGCCAUUUGUUUUAGUUGGAGAUGAAGCAUUUCCACUAAAGCCUAACUUGUUACGACCAUAUCCUGGCAAGCAACGUGUUUGCAAUGCUAAACGGAUUUUCAAUUAUCGUUUGUCUCGUGCACGCCGGGUUAUUGAAAACUCAUUUGAUAGGAUUUGCAGAUUCCAUAGCUCCGGAUGGGCAUCUGUGCAAUGGAUUCUGGCGAAGGCAAUCCAAUGCAGAGCUUGAAAGUGCUGUAAGGCUGACAGGCAGAAAUUCGACAGCUGAAGCAAUUUCUGUACGUCAGCACUUUACUGAGUAUUUUGUUAGUGAGCAUGGUUCAGUUGAGUGGCAAUGGGCUUACAUAGAUCAACGCUGAACACUUUUCCUUGUAAUGAAUUUUUGUCAAAAUAAACUUGAACCUUUAAAAACCA